AUGGUAGGUUCUCCAGAAAUUGGAUUGAAAUCAGCAAUUGGUGGCACUGGAUUUAUGGCAUCUUUGCUUGAGAAAGGCUACACUGUUAAUACAACUGUUCGGGACCCUAGGAAUCAUAAGAAGAUUUCUCACCAAGCUGAUUUAACAGAUGAAACAAGCUUUGAUAUCCCUAUAAAUGGAUGUGACAUUGUCUUCCAUGUUGCAACAGCAAUUAAUUUUGCUUCACAAGAUUCAGAGAGUGAUAUGAUAAAACCAGCCAUACAAGGAGUUGUGAUUGUCCUAAAAGUUUGUACCAAAUCAAAAACAGUUAUAAGUGUUGUAUUGACCUCAUCAACUGCAGCUGUAACAAUCAACCAACUUAGUGGAACAGGCCUAGUCAUGGAUGAGUCUAAUUGGACAGAUGUUAAGUUCUUGACUUCUACAAAACCACCUACUUGGGGGUACCCUGUCUCAAAAACAUUAGCUGAAAAAGAAGCUUGGAAAUUUGCUGAGGAAAACAAUAUUAAACAUAUCACUGUAAUUCCAUCUCUCAUGGCUGGUAUUUACUUUACUCCAGAAACUCCAAGCAGUGUUAAUCUUGCCAUGUCCUUAAUCACAGGGGAUGAAUCUCUUAUAAGUGACUUGAAGGGGAUGCAGAUGUUAUCAGGUUCAGUUUCUAUUACACAUGUAGAGGAUGUUUGUCAAGCCCAUAUUUUUGUUGCUGAGAAAGAAUCAGCUUCCUGAAGAUACAUUUGCUCUGCAGUCAAGACAAGUGUAACAGAGCUUGCAAAUUUCUUGAAGAAAAGAUAUCCAACUUUAUAUGUUCCUACCGAUUUCGAAGAAUUCCAAUCUAAAGCCAAGUUGAUCAUCUCGUCAGAAAAACUCAUCAAAUAGGGAUUCAGUUUUAAGUAUGGGAUUGAAGAGAUUUAUGAUCAGUUUGUUGCUUGUUUUAAAGAUAAGGGGCUAUUGAAGAUCUGAAGAGUUCAGUGUAUAUUUGUGGCAAA